UGAUUUAUUAGAACAAAAAUAAUUAUUUAUACUAAAACAAUCAUUUGGCAACAUCGUACCGAAUCCUUUCCACGUAACCUUCAUAUGGCCCCGUCCUUUCUAUAAAGCGUUCAUUCGCCGGGUGUAAUUUGUGUGGAGCAGAGUGUUAACGAGUUAUUGUAUAUUCCCGCAAUUUUUGUUCGCACAAUUAACCAUCAAUCAUGUCCCUUGACGAGCGUUUCAACCAAGCCGCCGAAGAUGUUAAGAACCUAAAAUCGAAACCAUCCGACAGUGACCUUUUGGAACUCUACGCUCUUUUCAAACAAGCUACCGUGGGCGAUGUCAACACUUCUAGGCCAGGUCUUUUGGACUUGAAAGGUAAAGCCAAAUGGGACGCAUGGAACGAAAGGAAAGGUCUUGCCCAAGACGAAGCCAAAGAGAAAUAUAUUGCCAAAGUCCAAAGCCUGAUCGCCGCUCUAGGCAAAAACUAAAAAAAGAAUCACAGCAAGUAAACUUUGGCUCAAUUGAACAAGUACCUAUUUUCUACUCUGGUGUGGAUAUUUCAAUCAAUUUUUUUACACUUAGUUAAGAAGAAAUGGGCGCUAUGUAAGCAUACAUAUUUAUAUUUUUAAGUUUUUGAUUUUCUGCAUUUAAUUGUACACAAUUUUUUGAAUAAAUUUAUUGUUUUUGAAUAAUGAAGUUUUUU